AAAUAGACACACACACCGACACACACACAGACACACACAAACACAUAGAGACAGACGUUGUACUCCAUCUCUUUUCUUUGUCCCCAAGCUAUUGUGCACAUUGCUUACAAGCCUAGAACAACAAAAUGUACAUGUUGGCCUUAGUGACCAUUUAGUUCAAUGGAAAUGUCCUUACUGAGUUAAAGAUUUGUCAUCUUUGAAUAAGCUGAUCAACGUACAGCGAGGCGGGGCUCCAAGUUACCGUGUUUUACAAUCACUAAUUUCAGAACCUUGAUGUCAUUUUUCAAAACUCUUGACACAAAACUCAAAAUGGUCAUCACUUGUAACAAAGGCUGUCCAAUGUUCAAAACAUUGCAUUGUGCAUUCAUAUCUUUAAAGAAAUCUUGCACUUGCACAAUCAUUGUUUCACAAAACAAAUUUUUUGAAAUACCAUUGAAACGUUAAUUUAGAUCACCACACACAAACAACCGAUAGUUUCACUGUGUCAUUGUUUGUACAAUCAUUAUAUAUUGUAGUACAAAAUAGGUUAUUCAUGUUUCAUUAUGGUACUACAUGUAAAUACAUUCCUUAUAAAAGUACUACAGUAGUAGAGAGAAUAUUACAGACACAGUGGAAUCAUUGAACAAAAUCUGAAAUAUAUUGAUGAAAAGCAAUGCAGCACAAUCACAACAUAGGUUUAUUCAAAUCAAAGCAAAAUAAUUAGCUACUAAAUAGAAAAUAAAAGACAGUACUGUAAAACAUCAAAUGCAGUGUUCCUCAACUUGCUUGCUUACAGUGAUUACUGUACUUCUACAUUUUCAUCAACACUGUCUUGUGGAUUUGGCCACAGGUUCUCAUCUACAUCACAGUGGAUGUUUUCAUUAGCCAAACAUCAUUGGACACACUUUGCUGUUGCUGCCGCUGUCUUGGUCCGUGGCCUUGUCUUCUACCACGUUCCCCCACAUCUCUCAAACAAGGCCCACGACCGCCUCUCAGAAGGGGUGCUUGUCCCCUGCCAUUCCUUUGACCAACACGUCUUCCUCGUCUUCCUCCCACCACUGCUUGACCCCUAUUGUGACCUGGAUCACCUGCCGGCUCAGUGUUACUUAUCGCUAUGCUGUUGCAAGUGGAUCCCAAUCAAUUCUUUAUAUACUCGCUCCACAAUGUGAACUCAGUCAUCAGUAACGAGUUGGCAGGAUUGGACAAGCAAUUACAAGGGCCUGCAUCCAUACAGUGCAGUACUGUCAAUACUGUAAAUAGUCUGAAAAGGUGGUACAUGGGAUCAUAGAAAUGGUGUAUGAUAAAGAAUGAUGAUGAGAUAUUACAUCCAUAGAUAAUCUAGUCUAAUUGGUUCAUGCUCCAUGCUAAUUGGUGACAAUGAAUCUAGUUAUUUUGAAACUGUCAUGAUCUAAACAUGGAAUAUUGUUUGUCGGUUUCCAUACAACUAUGCAUUAAGAGUAAUGCAACAGUUACUUAUCACUUUGAGCAGUUGUAUCAAUUGAUAGUUGUAUCAUUGUAAUUCAAUGAAUAGAAAUGUAAUGUAGAAAUGUAAUGUGUGAAUUGUCUUUUGAAAUAGUAGUGCUUUGAUGUUAUGUCAUAUUGAACAGGUGAUUUUUGUUAAAUGAACAAAUUAUCUUAGUUUUAUGUGUAUUGUAUCCAAGCAAUUGAAAAAAGUGUUUGAGUUUUAAAAGACUUGCAUUUUGAUCAUUGGUUGUGAGUUUUGUGUCUAUUAUUUAGAAAAAUGACAUCAAGGUUCUGAAAUUAGUGCCAAAGUGAUUGUAAAAAGCUGUAAACUGCAUUGAAUACAAACAAAGAUAAUGACCACUUGUCUAUUACAUCCAGUCUAGUCUGAAACAACACAAUGUUCCCUCAAUUAGCUCGCUAGCUACAUGGGUUAUGAGGGAAGGGUAUCUGUGUUAGAUUAAUAUUCGACUCAUCUUAUUCUAACACUAAAAAUUAUUUCAUACUCACACACAACACUGUUAUGAGUAUAACUUAUGGGCCAAUCCCCUUUAGCUCCCAUAACCAAUGAUUUCUGCGAGGUAUAAACAGUUGAUGGUUCCUGGAUUUUGAUGACACUAGGUUUCAGUCCAGUGCUGUCCAGUGGCUUGAGCCACCUUGGCCCAUUUAAUUUCGCUCUGUUUGAUUUGGCAUAACUUACCCCAGGUCUACAACCACCAAUAAUCACACAUUAUGGGGUGUACGUGGGCCUCUCAAAUGCCGCCCAAUUCAACAUACUGAACCCAUGGGGCUGUGGUUAAAAGUAACAUACUACAUAGGGAAUAGGUUGCCAUUUUGAACACUUAAUAUGCAAGGUUAUGUUCCAUUGGCUGAGACUUGUCAUGCAUGUAGAAGGAGAACAUCAGCUGUGUCUCUUGGUGAAAUCAGGCUUAAGUUAGGUGAAUCCAUCCAUAGAGUGCAGAUUGGAAAAUGUGAUGCAGCUCGUGGCACUCAUGUGUUGUUACCAUAGGCUACAUUCCAAACACAAGCGUAUUUCCAUGGUGUGCUCCAUUUGACUAGGGGCCCCCAGCCCAGCAACAGACCUGACAUAAUGACAGAAGAUGGAAACGUAGCUGAAUGUGAUUGGAAAAGGUAGUGUAGAAGAUUGACAGUACUGGAGCUCAGAGGGUAGCCUUUUCUUACACAAACGUGAAUGUCGCACAGGGAAUCCAGUCCUCAGUGAGAACCUUGUUUCUCUCUCUCUCUCUCUGGCUGACAGUGGCUCCAGUUAGCACCUUGGUUGGGAAAAAAUGCCUCUCUGUGUCACCCUGAUCGUGACUUGAAGAAUGUUUGAGUGAACGUGUUGUUUGUUAUGUGUGUCUCUGCUAGUGAGUGUUUCGGUUAGUGCCCAGGCCAGUCGUGCCUCCUGGUUGGACGAUGGGCACGGCAGAGGUCAUAUCGGAUGUCAUAGCCCGCAUGGACAACAUGGAGGUCAAGGAUGAGUGGCAGGAUGAAGACUUUCCCAGGCCUCUACCUGAAGAUGGAGACAUUGAGGACACGGGACUCACUGAUAACAGGACCAAUCCCCCCACCACCCUGAGCAUCUUGGCCGAUUCCUCCAGACUCUGUGUGAGUCGUAAACUACUGGCCCCAGACAUGAAUGUAUCCCUCGACCAGAGCGAAAGUUCCGUCCUGUCAGAUGACUUCCUGGGUACCCCUGACGACCAGGAUUUUAACGUCGACGAUAUGGACACGCCCGAUGACAAUGACUCCCUGGAGUUCAUUAACAACGGCAACGAGCUGGAGUGGGAAGACGACACUCCUAUAGCCAAUUCCACGGCUCUACCAGGAAGUCAGACAGGGGAGCAGGAGACUGGGAGGUUGUGGAGGACGGUCGUCAUUGGAGACCAGGAGCAGAGAAUAGAUAUGGCUGUCAUCAGGCCGUACCUGAGGGUGGUUACACAUGGAGGGUACUAUGGUGAGGGUCUGAAUGCCAUCAUAGUGUUUGCUGCUUGUUAUUUGCCAGAAAGCAGCUGUGAGGACUACACUUACAUCAUGGAGAACCUCUUUUUCUAUGUGAUCAGCAGCCUGGAGUCAUUAGUGGCUGAGGACUACAUGAUCAUCUAUCUGAACGGCGCGACGCCGCGUAGGAGGAUGCCUGGUAUCAGCUGGCUAAGGCGGUGCUACCACAUGAUUGACAGGAGAUUGAAGAAGAAUCUGAAGCGGCUGGUUAUUGCUCACCCCUCCUGGUUCAUCCGUACCGUUCUGGCCAUCUCAAGACCCUUCAUCAGUGUAAAGUUCAUGGACAAGAUCCGUUAUGUCCACACCUUGAAUGAACUGAGCCAGCUGAUCCCCAUGGACCACAUACAGAUCCCAGACUGCGUCCUGCAGUAUGAUGACGAGAAGAAGGCGGCACAAAGGGAACGGCAGGAAAAAGGGCAGCACCACAACACGUCGGCCGCCCACACAGAAAGGACGGCAGGAGAUAAAGGCUAGACAGACGUGGUCCGCAGAGGGGGACAGGAGCACAGACAACCGCAGGGUCAAGGUGUGAACCCCCGCCGCCAGGGGCUUGUGUGGUCCGGAGUUGGACUGCCUCAGCGGACAGUGAACAGUGGCGGUUAACAGAGUGUAGACUUGGUUGUGGUAUGGUUCUAACCACCCUCGCCAGCUGGGACGAUGAUUUCUUUUGUUUAGCAGCAAGACAAUUCUGCAUCACGCCCUUCUCUGGUGGAGCACAUUUCAAGGCAGUACAUCCCAGCCAUUAUAUUCAGUAUAUAACACUUGCCCAUGGUCUUGACAUUGAGGUACGGACCUAACUGUUACAUAAACCACAUCUGCUCCUCUCUUUAGGCGCUGCAAUCUCGCCACCGUUCUAUGCUAUUUUUACUUCCUUGCAAACAUAGCAAAGCAGGGCAAAGCACAACUCCAGACCACAUGUUGAUACUAAAGAAGUAUCCAACCCCCCCCCAACCCCAAAGGAAUGGAAAGUUGUCUGGACAGGGGGUAGAGGGAAACUAAAUACAUCAUCUAAAGAGUGUCUAGUGUUAGCAUACCUCAUGGAAGCAUACCUGGGUUCAAUGAAACCAUUAAGAAUCAUUUGUCAGGGCUGAAUGCCACAAAACACACAUUACAAAGUGAAACGUGCAGACCUACAGAUGGUGGAGGUGAUGGAAGAGGUGAAGGCGGUUGAGAUGACGAUGUGAUGGAGUUGGUCGGGCUGGAGGUGAUGGUAGGGAUGGAGGUGGUGGUGACAGAAGAGAAGGUAGUGAUGGAGGUGACAGUGGUGAGAUUCUAUAGAUGAUGUUAAUGAUUAUUUCUUCCAGGUAAUACAAUAAUCUACUCUCUGCUGAGCUUGCCAUGUACUCUAUCAGUACAGACUGAAAUCUUAUUUGGCUGAAUUGGAAGGGCUUGAGGAGAAAUGCUGGGCAUAUAGUGGACUGCCUUUUCCAUGUCAACCUACACAACUUAGUCCACUGACUGCUGACCUCAAGCAAUGCUACCAAGUCCAGUUGUUAGCUACCAUGAACAUUACUUGGGCAUUGUUCCUUAUAAGCUUGGACCACAUUUUGGACCACUUUGUUGCAAGGUCCAUACAAUGUCAUGAGCAGACCUGAAGCCCUGUCUGAACACCCCUCAGACCUUUACUGAGUUUCCAGGCUGGUGCAGACACACCACAAACACACCACACAACACACCACAGACACACCACCGA